ACCUGCCGGUAUUUCGCUCACCUACUCUUUGAAAAACAUGUCCACAUUUAGACUCAAUUGUCUGGUUCAUGGGAAUACCACCGAACGGGUCUUUCCUGUUGACAUUCCCAGCACCAAGACCAUCGGUGACCUCAAGGAGAUGAUCAAAAUUAAGCAACCUAAGUUCGAUCGGUUUUCGGCGGACGAGCUUGACGUUUGGAAAGUCGACAUUCCUUGCCGCUCCCUUGAGAAUCCUGUUCUGAAAGCCCUCAAGGAAAAUCCGAUGGCGGAUAUCGAAGGCGCCUGA